CGAACUUUUACAGCAGAAGAAAAUAGGAAGUGAGGAGGAGGCGAAGAGAAGAGCGCUCAGGAGUCAGAUGCGGUAAGCAGGACUCGUCACCGAGCGACCAGUGAGCGGAGGGAGGACACAGAGAAAAGGGUGUUUCUCCGCUCUGCCCAGUGACACCGGGAGCAUUGUGCAUGUUUGAGACCGAGGACAGCCGUCGAGGAACCUGCAGGCAGCUGGGGCGGAGGUGUUGCUACCGCCGCUGGAUGUCCUUCUUCAACCCGUCCACCGAGCGGCUGAGGCGGACAUCAAUUAAGUGAACAUGGCCACAGAACCGGAGGGGAGCAACCGGCUCUUGCAAGACGUGCUGGCGAGACCUGGCAACGAUGCGUGUGCGGACUGCGGCAAUCCAGAGCCGGACUGGGCCUCCCUGACGCUGGGCGUCUUUGUGUGCCAGGCCUGCUCCCUGCUGCACCGCAGCAUCCCCCACAUCAGCCGCGUGAAGCCGCUGCAGGAGAGCUGGGAGGCCAGCGAGGUGGAGCUGAUGUCUUCGGCGGGGAACCGGGCGGCCAGGGUGAAGUACGAGCAGAAGGUUCCACCGUUCUACUACAGACCCACGCACACCGACUGCAAAUUACUGAGGGAGCAGUGGAUCAGAGCCAGGUACGAGAGGAACGAGUUUGAGUUCAUCGAGAAGCAGGAGCCCUACUCUGCAGGUUACCGAGAGGGGUUUCUAUGGAAACGGGGGAGAGACAACGGCCAGUUCCUGAGCCGAAAGUUCAUCCUGUCGGAGCGGGAGGGGGCCCUGAAGUACUUCAACAAGCAGGAUGCCAGGGACCCCAAGGCGGUGAUGAAGAUCGAGACGCUGAACGCCACCUUCCAGCCGGCCAAGAUCGGGAACCCGUGCGGCCUGCAGAUCACCUACCUGAAGGACAACAGCACCCGCAACAUCUUCGUGUACCACAGCGACGCCAAGGAAACGGUCGACUGGUUCAACGCCAUCCGAGCGGCUCGGUUCCACUACCUGCAGGUCGCCUUCCCCGGGGCCAGCGACGAGGAGCUGGUGCCUAAACUGACCCGGAACUUCAUGAAGGAAGGAUUUAUGGAGAAGACCGGACCAAAGCACACGGAGGGCUUCAAGAAGAGGUGGUUCACCAUGGAUGACAGGAGGCUCAUGUACUUUAAGGACCCCCUGGACGCGUACGCGCGGGGGGAGGUCUUCAUCGGCAGUAAGGAGAACAGCUACACGGUCCUCCCCGGCCUCCCCCCCACCACCCAGGGCUACCACUGGCCCCACGGCAUCACCAUAGUAACGCCCGACAGGAAGUUCCUGUUCGCCUGCGAGACGGAGGCCGAGCAGCGCGAUUGGAUCGCCUCCUUCCAGCGGGUCAUCAACCGACCAAUGAGGCCGCAGGAAUACGCAGUGGAGGCCCAUUUCAAACACAAGCCUUGAAGACAGAGGGGCCCUUCACAAGGCCCCGGCUUCACCGGAGCGGCCCCUGGUCCGGAACCCCCAAACAGCAGCCUGUGCGUUGGACCAGGGGCCCCCCGGCUUCUGGAAGGAUCAACCAAACCAGGAUGAAGAGGAGUGGAUUAAAAAAGAACCACAGAUCAAUUAAUAUUAACGCUAAGAAGAUGCGGGAUCCUGCACAUGUUUUAGGAGCGGGGUCGGAGAGGUUAAAGGAUAUGAUGUCAUCACCACGUCCCCUUGUGCCCCCCCUCCCCCACACACCCCCCCCUCCCGGCCCGUCCUGUGCUACCCAUCCGUCAUCCAUCCUGAAUCCCAGCUCCAUGUUUUCAGACAUGCUCGGGGGCCGCCUGAUGUCAUCGUGUCUUGUGAACAUUUCAUCACUACUUGUAAUCUAGUGUAAGUAUGUAAUGUAGGGUACUACCGAUGUGUGUGUGUGCUGAUCCCAAAAAACAACACAUAAUUUAUUGAAUGUACAGUUUUUUCGAUGCAGUGGCUUUAGUGUGAGUUGAAAAGGGUGAGCGUUUUUCAUUGUCUGUCAUUACCAUGGGGAGGAAAGUAUUUGAUCCUUCGGGCCUCGAAAUGUCUGUCUCAUCUCAAUGGACAAGGUGCUUUUUCAUAACAUUAUGCAUUCAAAAGAAGAUAUAUACCAACCGGUCACUAUUUCAUACGACGUAGCUAGACUUUUCUGCUUUUUUACGUUAGAGCAGAGAAACUUUAGAGGGUCAAAAUAGGAUCUGAGAUGUUUUGAGUUGGAUCACUGUAGAAAGCCAACUGGGUCAACGUAGAGAGAAGAUGCAUUCCUAAGGAUUGUAAUGUGUAAGGAUUGUCCUUUAUUUUGUACAAUUGCUCCUUUUAAAAAUUGCUGGAUUCAUUCCCUUGAUUUAAGAGAAUUUCGUUUGUUUUGUUGCUUUUGUUUUUUAUUUGGUAAAGGUGAUACUUUUUUUAAUCAUAACUAAUUUAUUGUCAAUACAGAUGAAUCUACAAAUAA